UUGUUUCUAGACCAUAUAAGAAUGCUCAUUUUUGUACAGUUGUACCCUAUGUUUCUGAUCUCUCAUACACUAAAACCCCACUUAUUUUAACUUUUAUCUAUCUGAAUUACUAUUUUCUUCAAUCUCCCAAGGAGGUGGACCAGAGUGAAAUUUCAAGAGGUUUUUUUUUUUUACUAUUACAUGAUUUGAGCUCACUAAGGGUUUCACGGUAAACCUAGUGCAUAUAUAAAAUGGAGAAAGAAGAAAACUACUCAGUACGCAAAAUCCAAGAAAACCUUUAUCUUCAUUGUUUGUUAUAUUGUAUUUUCUUGUUGACUCAUCAUUACAUGACUAUGCUGUUUUUCUUUCAACCUGAAAUGUUGCAGGGUUCCAUUCCUGGAAAUUUCACAGGACUUGACUACACACUAGAACAUCAUCAGCAGAAUCAGCAUCCACAGCUGAUGAAGCCACAGAUUGGAGAAGCAUCGGGUGACGAUGGCAGUAAUCAAAUGGUGGAUUACAUGCUCCAUAACACUGCUCAGCAACAGCCUAUGUCUUCUGGCUUUUGUGGUUCAACUUCUUUAGAUAAGUUGAGCUUUGCUGAUGUGAUGCAAUUUGCCGAUUUUGGUCCAAAGUUAGCCUUGAAUCAAGCAAAAACUCCAGAGGAGGAAACUGUCUUGAAUGAUUCAGUUUACUUCCUUAAAUUUCCGGUCUUGAAUGAGAAGUUGCAGGAUGACCCUGAUCAUCAAGCCCUUAUGAUUCCUCGACCUAUCAAUGAAGAAAGCAACUCUAAAGUAGGGGAAGAAGGUGAUCAAAGACCUGAUCAAGAUCAAGCCCGGGGUUUCGGAAACACAUCAGUUCAACUGCAAUUUCUUGGUGAUAACCGAGAAAAGAGUCCUUUAACAACAGAAACUAAGAACAAGAAAAAAAGAUCUAGAACUAUCAAGUCGAGUGAAGAAGUUGAGAGCCAGCGGAUGACUCACAUAGCAGUAGAAAGAAACCGUAGGAAGCAAAUGAAUGAACAUCUUCGAGUUCUUAGGUCUCUCAUGCCUGGCUCAUACGUGCAAAGGGGAGAUCAAGCAUCAAUAAUUGGCGGGGCGAUUGAGUUCGUAAGAGAAUUGGAGCAACUUCUUCAAUGUCUAGAAUCACAAAAAAGGAGGAGGCUAUAUGGAGAUGGUCCAAGACCAAUAGGAGAUUCAUCAUCAUCAGUUCCAAUUCAGCAACCUCAACCCCCAUUUUUUCCUGGCAUGCCUCUUUCUAGUGAUCAAAUGAAGCUUGUUGAAUUGGAAACUGGACUACAUGAAGAAACAGCUGAGAGCAAGUCAUGCUUGGCUGAUGUUGAGGUGAAGCUCUUAGGGUUUGAUGCAUUGAUCAAGAUAUUGUCUAGAAGAAGACCUGGACAGCUUAUUAAGACCAUUGCUGCCCUUGAGGAUUUGCAGCUCAAUAUUCUUCAUACCAACAUAACCACAAUUGAACAGACUGUUCUAUAUUCUUUCAAUGUCAAGGUAGCAAGCGAAGCAAGGUUCACAGCUGAAGAUAUAGCAAAUUCCAUUCAACAAAUUUUCAGUUUUAUCCACGCAAACAGCAGCAUAUGAUGAUGGCCUUUAAUUUAUAUGUGACUAGAGUUGAAUGAUUUUUCUCUGUAGCUUGUACGGUGUAUUGAACAUGUUUUCAGUUUUCCUUUGUGGGCUCUGCUAAAAACUGGCUAGGAGUGUGUAGUACCUCUAUUGGUACAAAUUACAAAAUACAGUACCUUGAAUUGAUUUGAUGGGUGAAGAUGAAUUCAUAUUA